CAGCCGUUUCCUCUUUCUCAGCGCGUCCUCCUCACAAUGGCAGCCGUAACAGCCAACGGCGAUGCCGCCGCAAAUGUUCUCGACGAUAUUAAACCUCCCGCUGGAGUAGUCCUUCCUCCUCGCGAGAUCCGAAAUGUUCUUGAAAAGACAGCCGGUUACGUAGCGCGAAACGGCGCCGUCUUCGAAGAUCGCAUUCGCGAAAAGGAACGAUCAAACCCAAAAUUCAGCUUUCUCAACCCUUCCGAUGCCUACCAUCCCUUCUACCAAUGGCGACUAGAUGAGGUCAAGAGUGGACGUGGUACAGCGAUCGCUGCUGGUCGCGUGGGCGAACCUGCGGCCGAGGCUCCCAAGCCUCAGGGACCCCCGAAGCCUGCCGAUUACCAAUUCUCCGCGCGAACACCUCGCAUCAACCGAAAGGAUCUGGAUGUGAUUCAACUAUCGGCUCUCUUUGUAGCCAAGAAUGGGCGACAGUUUAUGACACAGUUGGCUCAGCGCGAAGCUGGUAACCCACAAUUCGGCUUCCUCAUCCCUAACCACACUCUCCACAACUUCUUCCAGCAUAUUAUCGAUCAAUACACAACGUUAUUACGUGCAAGCGGUCUCGGUGGAGAAGGCGGAAAGCUUCAAGAAGAGCGCAUAAAGGAGCUCGAAGCCAACAUUAAUGAUAAGUUCCUUGUGUUGAACCGCGCCAAGCGACGAGCCGAAUAUGCCAAAUACGUCGAAUCGGAACGACAGAAGAAGGAGGAGGAAGAGGUCAAGGCGAAGGAGGAGUUUGCGAUGAUCGACUGGGGCGACUUCGUUGUUGUCGAGACAAUCACUUUCAACGAGGCCGACGAGCACGCCAACCUCCCACCUCCCACCAACCUGUCCGAUCUUCAGUACGCUUCGCUGGAAGACCGCAACAAUGCGUCUAUCAGCGCCAGCCUCAGAAUUGAGGAAGCCAUGCCUGACGAAGACACGACCUACAACGCAUACCCCAAUCAACCCGCCCCCUAUCCCAUCGCUCCUCAACAGCCAGCCUACCAACCCGCUCAAAUGCCCCCUCCUGUGCAGCCAUACUCCCCUGUUCCACAAGCGCAACCACAGCAACCGCAGCGAUCAGCCCAAGAGGAAGAAGAGGAGCGCCGUAUUCAGGAACGCGCGGAGCAACAAGCACGAAAGCAACAGGCUACUGCCGAAGCACGUGGUGGUGCUCCUCCGAUGAAGAUCAAAGAAAACUACGUACCUCGUGCCGCACAGAAGGCUGCCAACAGACAGGGUGCGCAGACAGCGUUGUGCCCCAACUGUAAACAGCAGAUCCCCAUGAAUGAGCUCGAGGCUCACAUGCGAAUCGAACUUCUCGAUCCUCGCUGGAAGGAACAGAAGGCCAAGGCGGACACACGCUAUGCAUCCUCCAACACGAUACAUGUCGAUGUCGCCAACAACCUCAAACGACUUGCCAGUCAACGCAGCGACGUUUUCGACCCUGUCACUGGACAAGCCAUUUCUGAGGAUGAACUAGCGCGCAGGAAGAAGGCUGCCAUCCAUAGCUACGAUGGCGCCAUGGAUGCCAAGAGCCAAGCACAGCUGGGUCAUAUGCAGAACGUUAACGUCGAAGAUCAGAUCCGCGCUAUUCACCAAAAGUUCGCUGACAAGAAGUGAGGAACUCGGUUGAUGGGCAGAUUGUACCCGAUCGGAGACGACGAAGAAGAAGAGAAACAGGCCAGCCCCUCAAGGGAGCAUGCCGUCCUCGUGUACACGGAUCAUGUGUAAAACUACAUGUCGCGGUAGGCGUUGUAGGUUGAGGC